GCUUGAAAAUGAAAUCUGGUUUAAAUAGUUUCUCUGUUUGGUUUUUCUGUUUUAAUUAAUUUACGGGCAAUGGAAGCAUUGAGAGCGUCCUACGGCGACUCUUCAUCGGAUUCCGAUACCGAUGAUCUUUCUCCGGCGAGUCCCGUUACUGCAAAUUCUGGAGAGAAAGAUUCGAUUUCCUUGCCUCCUCCACCGCUUGCGCUUCUCGAUUCCAUUGUAUCCACAGGUUCACUGGAUUUCUUCUCAACAGAGCCUGGAGUUCGUGUAAGAAACUUUCCUCAUGUCGAUGGAAAUUACGCUUUGCACGUUUACGUACCUGGUAUUUGUUCAUUUCGUAGCUUAAAAUUUCUGAGAGUUUCGAGGUUUUUGAAUUCUGAAGUGGUUGUUUAGUAUAAGAGGAUACGUAUGUGUUUGAGAAUGUAUUGAUGAAGUGCAGGCCUGAUGAAGUGUAUCACUUGUCUUUCUCUUUCACUCAUUGUUUAUUUUGUUUUUGGGAUUCUAGUUUGUAUACCUCCACUGCCAAAGAAGGAGAUUGUAUGUUUUUUAAAGAAGGUUGCAUCAGUUGUUCCUCAUCUUCAUUUGGUAGAGGCUGAUGUGCCACUCAGCAUUCUAUGCAAGGAUGAUCAGAAGUUUGAGCGUGCCUUGGGGAGAGAGUUCCACAUAAGCUUAGGAAGAAACGUUCCACUACGUGUUCAUCAGAUUAACUCGGUGAUUUCUAUGCUUCGGCAAAAGCUUCAGUUGCAGAAGAGAUACUUGAUAGAUUUCAAUAAGUGGGAAGUCUUUGUGAAUGAUGACCAUACUCGCUCUUUCCUUUCUUUGGAAAUCACUACUUCAGGACUAUCCGAGAUAAGUAAGCAAAUUGAUGCUGUUAAUGAAGUUUACAAGCUCCACAAUCUGCCGGAGUUCUACAAGGAUCCGCGGCCGCAUAUAUCCUUGGUCUGGGCGUUGGGUGAUAUUAGAACUUCCCUAAAGGGAGCUGUUGACGUGGAACUUAGGAAGCUUAGAGCAGGUGGUUGUGUGCAGAAUCGUAUCUUCACCUCUAAGUUUUGUGGGAUCGAGUGUAAGAUAGGAAACAAAACACACAAAAUAUGUAAACUCCCAGAUGAAUAA